GUUCUCCCAAAUCGAGCCACCGCUCGUCGUCUCCCGGGGGAAGGAGCACUGCGUGAGGCGAUCGCGAGGGGGAGAUAGCGGGCGGCGUCGGCAGCGGCGUGGGGCAUGGCGGCGGCGUCGUAUUCCUCGUCGUCAUCGGCGGCGGGGCUUGGGGGAGGCGGUGCGGCGGCGGCGGCGGUGGCCGGGCUCAAGACCUACUUCAAGACGCCCGAGGGGAGGUACAAGCUUCAGUACGAGAAGGCCCACCCGGCUGCCGUCCUCCACUACAAUCAUGGCGGGAAGACCGUCUCGCAGUUGACGGUGGCAUACCUGAAGGAGAGGUCUACUGGCCAAGGCUCCACACCAUCGACACCAAGCUCUAGCAGUGGGAUGCGGUCGGCGGCGGCAAGGCUGCUGGGCAACGGGAAUGGUAGCCGAGCACUUAGCUUUGUUGGGGGCAAUGGUGUAAGCCGGGCUGUGUCUGGAAGCAGCCGUAUAGGAGGAAGCCUUGGUACAUCUGCAAGCCUUGGAGGAUCCCAACCUGUAGCAAACUAUGAUGGCAAGGGUGCAUACAUCAUCUUCAAUGCCGCCGAUACGCUCUUCAUCAGUGACCUAAAUUCCCAGGACAAGGAUCCAGUAAAGUCCAUGCAUUUUAGCAACUCGAACCCAUUGUGCCAUGCGUUCGACCCUGAGGCCAAGGAGGGGCAUGACCUGAUCAUUGGAAUGGGAUCAGGCGAUGUCUAUUCAAUGUCACUGAGGCAACAGUUACAAGAAUCUGGAAGGAAGCCUGUUGCAGCCCAGCAUUAUAAUAAGGGUGAUAAAGAUGGAACAAGCAUUAGCAGCCGAUGCACUUCUGUUGCAUGGGUGCCGGAGCGUGAAGGCAUCUUUGUUGUUAGCCAUUCUGAUGGAAAUUUGUAUGUAUAUGAUAAAUGCAAAGAUGGAAAUACUGAGUGUACAUUUCCAGCAAUAAAGGAUCCAGCUCAGUUGAUAGUUUCACAUGCAAAGUCGAGUAAGAGUAACCCAAUUGCUAGAUGGCAUAUUUGUCAUGGUUCAAUCAAUGCAAUGUCCUUCUCUCCAGAUGGGGCAUAUUUGGCGACUGUUGGACGAGAUGGUUAUUUGAGGGUGUUUGACUUUUCAAAGGAACAACUAAUAUUUGGUGGGAAAAGUUAUUACGGGGCUCUCUUGUGUUGCACCUGGAGCUCGGAUGGCAAAUAUCUAUUGACAGGUGGCGAAGAUGAUCUUGUGCAGGUAUGGAGCAUGGACGACAGAAAGAUAGUUGCAUGGGGCGAAGGGCAUAAUUCCUGGGUUAGUGGAGUUGCUUUCGAUCCAUAUUGGUCCCCACCAAAUUCUGAUGGAACCGGAGAAAAUGUCGUGUAUCGUUUUGGCUCAGUUGGUCAGGACACCCAAUUGCUCCUGUGGGACUUGGCAAUGGAUGAGAUUGUUGUCCCACUACGUCAUCCUUCAGGUGGCUCGCCAACAUUUAGCGGUGGGAGCCCUUCUGCACACUGGGACAGUGCAUGCCCGCCAACAGGUAUUCUUCAACCUUCUCCAAGAAUGCGAGACGUACCAAAGCUUUCGCCCCUUAUCGCCCACCGAGUACAUGCGGAUCCCUUGUCCAGUCUGGUGUUCACCAAUGAAUCAAUCCUCACCAUUUGCCGUGAGGGACUCAUCAAGAUAUGGUCCAGACCCAUCCGCAGUGAAAACAACCAACAGUCGAAUUCUUCCGAGUUAGGUAUAGACAAUACUGUUUCAAAGGAUAGGGUGAUCACAUCCUCGACUAAAGCAGGCGGUUCCAGUUUCAAGCAACCUUCACCUGUUCUCUUGACAUGACCGCAUGUCUCGCUUGUGGACUUUUCUGCUCUGCAUUGUUCGUCAAGUGUCGUACCAAUACCAUGAUUUAUGGAACGGGAUUGUCAAAAGAGGCUGCUGAGUGCUGGUGAUGGAGGCGUGUGCUCAUUUAUUUGCAGAUGUUCCUUGGUUACAGCAAUGCUAGUGUUGCCUGUCGCGUGACACAAAAAUAAUAAUGGAACAUAACCCUGUACAGAUACAUAUACUCCAAGAAAGCUAAUACAAGUUCGUUGUCUGUGUUUCAUAUUAUCCAAUGAGCUAAUAUGCGAGGGGAUGACUGAUGGAGGCCGCUCUUGGCUGCUUGUAUAAUUUUUAUGCUCUGUAACCUUUGUUAGUCUCUUGAAGACGCCGUUAUGAUUCG